GCGCAUGCACAGCUUUUUUCUAUAUAAACUAAGGAGCACGUGGCAGAAAGCGAGAGAGAACAAGAGGCAGAAAGCAAGAGAGGCCUCCUCCUCCUCCACCACCACUUCUGUUUCUCCCACCUGGCUCGGCUGACGGAGGGAAGGCGGGGUGGUCGAAGAAGGACCAGCUGGAUGCUAGAACCGCGCUUGCUGUUCAGAGACUGAGGCAGCAGCAUCACCAGCCGCAGAUGCCUUCCGGAGCUGCCCGAGGAUGCCCCGGGGCUUUUUGGUGAAGAGGAGUCGCAGACCUAUGCCCAUCUCUUACCGGAUGCGUUGCUCCUGCUACCCGGCCACUGGCGCAGCUUCUGCCUCGGAAUCCACUGAAGCGGUGCUUCUGCCUGCACCUGUGGUGCCGCAAUUUGGGAUGCCAGAGGGCCCCUCUUCGCCGGCGCUGCUGCACAGUCCAGCGUGAGCGGUGAGUGAGGAACGUAGCCUCCACCUGGCCUCGCCCAUCUCGGCCGAGUCCUUCCUGGCACUGGAACCGUUACUCUUGGGCCCUGGAGGAGACCUCAAGCUUUGGGCAGUCGCCGCCACCGCCAUCGCUUCUGGCCCGCCGCUUGCCCCUCAGCGCAGCCAUGGGCCAAGCCCAGGCACACCGAAGCGGUCUCAGGGCAGAAAGGCCAAGGCAGCCCGCAAGUUGCACUUCGAGGACAAGGUGAGUACGUCGCCGGCUUGCCCGCUUCCCGAGGCCUGUCUGGAAGAGGCGGCGCUGGACGGCUACAGCCCGCUGAGCUUGUCUGGGGAGUGCCACCUCUGCGCAGUGUGCGGGGAGACCUUCCCCAGUAAGAGCGGUCAGGAGCGUCACCUGCGCGUGCUCCAUGCCGCCCAGGCCUUCCCCGGUGACAUUUUACAGCUUGCCAGCCUCACCCGCCACAUCAAUAAAUGCCACCCCUCGGAGAACCGGCAGGUCAUCUUGCUCCAGGUCCCUGUGCGGGUGUGA